AGAAGUCAGGUAGCUGAUAUCACAUGUGAGGCUGGUGACCAUUGUUCACCACUAACAUUUUCUAUGCACUAUAGCUCUUCUGCUGAUAAUGCUACUUUACCAAGCCAAUUGAUUCCUGAUUCUUUUGUUUUGCCAUUCGUAUCAAGUAUGGAAGAAAAUAUGAUCCACAUCAAGCAUCAAAUGGAGGAUAACCUACUUCCAACUCAGAAUAUGUGCCAAGGAAGUAACAUUAAUUUACCAACACAGGAAGGGACAACUGUUACAUGUAUUCAAGAGGAUUCUAUAAUGGAUUGCAAUGGCAUUGAUAUUUGUCAGGGUAUGAGUUUUAAAGGUGAAGCUAGUGCUUAUUGUUCAAUUACUGGAAACUCAUCUUCUGAUGCUAAAAAUGGAGCUUUUGCUGACAAUGCCUCAAGGCAAUCGUUGCCUUCUCUUCAGUCUUUCAGGUCAAGUAAGAAUGAAGAGGUUUGCAUGAAGGAUGAAAGAGAGGAUGAACUGCUUGUAUCUAAUAGCAUAUUUUGUCACUCUGUAAAAGUCCUCAAGGAAGACACCAAUGACCAUAAUUCCUCAGUCAGUGGUGAUGCUGGUGCUGAUAAUGUACAUAACUCCGAUGCUGGUGCUGAUAAUGUACCAUCUGUUUACAAUGACUCAAGGCAAUUGUUGCCUGGUGUACAGCCAUUUACUUCAAUUAAAAGUCAGUCUGUAUGCAUUAAGGAAGAACGAGAGAAUAUACUGAUUCCAUCAGAGUACAUGGUUCAUCAUUCUUUAAAAGCCAUUGGUGAAGCUGCCCAGAGUAGUCGCAUUGGGCAUAGGUAUCAUGUUGAUGAUGAUGCUGAUAUAUGUAUUCUUGAAGAUAUUAGUGAUCCUAUACGGUCAACCCCAUUUGUAGCGCAUGCAAAACCCUCUGUGACUGCAACACAUUCUAUGUAUAGUGACUCUAUUCAUCACACAGGAUUUGGAAGCCCAGGGCGUAAAGCAAAUGAUGAAAGAUUAACUUUUCGAGUUGCAUUGCAGGAUCUUGCUCAGCCAAAAUCAGAAGCUAGUCCACCAGAUGGUGUUUUGGCCGUCCCCCUUUUGAGACAUCAGCGAAUUGCUUUGUCAUGGAUGGUGCAAAAGGAAACAGCCAGUGUACCCUGUUCUGGAGGAAUUCUUGCUGAUGAUCAGGGAUUGGGAAAGACAGUAUCAACAAUUGCACUUAUACUGAAGGAACGGUCUCCAUCCUCCAAGAUGAAUUCUGUUGUUGCAAAACAAGGUGAAUUGGAGUCUUUAAAUUUGGAUGAGGAUGAUGAUGGGGUCUUAGAUGUAGAUGGAGUGAAGCAAGACAAAGAUUCUGGCCUUACUAAGAAGGUGGCGAAGGGUGAGAAUGCUUCUAUGGUCACAAAGGGGAGACCAGCCGCUGGAACAUUGAUUGUAUGUCCAACGAGUGUCCUCCGGCAAUGGGCCGAUGAGCUGCAUAAUAAAGUCACCAAGGAAGCCAAUCUUUCUUUUCUUGUAUACCAUGGAACCAAUCGAACAAAGGAUCCUUAUGAUCUGGCGAAGUAUGAUGUUGUGCUUACAACAUAUUCCAUUGUAAGCAUGGAGGUUCCAAAGCAGCCUCUUGUGGAUAAAGAUGAUGAUGAGAAGGGCAAGGCAGAAACUCAUGGUUUGCCAUCUAUGGAUUUGUCUUCCAGUAGAAAAAGAAAGUAUCCUCCAAGUUCUGAUAAGAAAACUCAGAAUGUUAAGAAGGGAGUGGAUGGUGCAUUGCUUGAAUCUGUCUCUCGUCCUCUUGCAAGGGUUGGAUGGUUUAGGGUAGUAUUGGAUGAAGCACAGAGUAUUAAAAAUUAUAGAACUCAAGUUGCAAGGGCAUGCUGGGGACUUAGAGCUAAAAGGAGGUGGUGCUUGUCAGGCACACCUAUCCAGAAUGCUGUUGAUGAUCUUUAUAGUUACUUCAGAUUCCUUAGAUAUGACCCAUAUGCUGUCUACAAGUCAUUCUGCUCUAUGAUAAAGAUUCCGAUUAAUAAGAAUCCGACGCAUGGGUACAAAAAACUACAAGCUGUUCUUAAGACCAUAAUGCUUCGUCGCACAAAAGGCACUAUUAUUGAUGGGAAACCUAUAAUUACCUUGCCGCUGAAAUCAAUAGAGCUGAAAAAAGUGGAUUUCUCAAAAGAGGAAUGGGACUUCUACUCCAAACUAGAGGCUGAUUCGCGUGCAAAAUUCAAGGUUUAUGAAGAUGCCGGCACUGUUAAAGAGAAUUAUGUUAAUAUUUUAUUGAUGCUCUUGCGUUUGCGACAAGCCUGUGAUCACCCUCUUCUUGUCAAGGGUUAUGAUUCUAGUUCUGUUUGGAGUUCCUCUAUAGAGACUGCAAAGAAACUUCCUAGGGAGAAGAAGCUGGAUCUUUUGAAUUGUUUGGAAGCCUUAGCAAUUUGUGGCAUUUGCAAUGAUCCACCUGAAGAUGCUGUUGUUACCAUCUGCAGCCAUGUUUUCUGCAACCAAUGUAUCUGUGAACGCCUAUCCAGUGAUGAUAACCUGUGCCCUGCAGCAGACUGCAAAGUUAAACUCAGUGUAACUUCUGUUUUUUCCAAAGCCACACUGAAAUGCUCUCUUUCUGACCAGUCUGGUCAGGGUAAUUCCAAUUCCAAUUUUGCCUCUAAGCUUGUUCAGACAUUUGAGCCAUGUCCAGAGGGUCUUUCCUCUGAUUCAUCCAAAAUCAAAGCUGCUCUAGAAGUCCUGAAGACACUAUCUAAACCAUUGGAGUGUACACCAAGAGAUAAUACUUCACACUCUAGUAAUCAGAGUACCAACUGUGCAGAAAAUGGAUCCGAUUCUCAUUCAGAUUGUUCAUUUAAGGAUAGCCCUGACAAAGCUAAAGUAGCAGAGAAAGCAAUUGUCUUUUCCCAGUGGACAAGGAUGCUGGAUUUGCUUGAAGCUCGUCUUAAAAGUUCUUCUAUACAGUACAGAAGACUUGAUGGGACAAUGUCAAUUGUUGCUAGGGACAAAGCUGUGAAAGAUUUUAACUCCCUUCCAGAGGUUUCUGUUAUGAUUAUGUCAUUGAAAGCAGCAAGUCUUGGACUAAACAUGGUGGCAGCUUGUCGUGUUCUCCUUCUGGAUCUAUGGUGGAACCCAACAACUGAAGAUCAAGCAAUUGAUAGAGCACAUCGAAUUGGGCAGACUCGUCCAGUCACAGUUUUGCGGUUAACUGUGAAAGAUACAGUUGAAGAUCGAAUUUUAGCCCUUCAGCAAAAAAAGAGGGAGAUGGUUGCAUCAGCAUUUGGAGAGGAUGAGACCGGUAGCUGCCAGACUCGUCUUACUGUGGAGGACUUGAAAUACCUGUUUAUGGUGUGAUGUGGGUUGUUAUUUUGACUAGGAUAUUGCCAAUAUUGGUUUUAACUAACUGAGGCUCUUCUUUAGCUAGUAGCUAGAAGGCGGAUUGUCUUGGGGUCUGAGAUGUUAUUGCCUGCAGUAGAUAUAGAAGUGGUUGGAGCAGUUCUCCUUUGGGUGAGAUUAGAGGAGCUUUGAAUAGAGGUAUUAACUAACAACAUACGUGGGGAUAAAUAUCACAGGGCAUAUUACACCAAAGAUCAUGUGAAUAGUUCUUGAAGAAUACACAGCUCAUUUUUUCCUUCAUUGUCAACAAGCAUGAUUAUGAAAUUCUUUUGUCAAGUGUAAUUCACGAUUUCACGGUUAUCUUAUAUUCUCUGGUACUCGUACAGCAAGUGUAAUUCAGGAUUAUCUUUAUAUUCUUUGACACAGUGAGAAGUUGCAUUUUAAUAUGCCAUUGUAAUUAGUUCAUUCGAUGAAAUUCCGAUUUGUUCUUCACUCUUCCUUUCUGGUUAACAGAUGAUGACAGAUUUCGAUGUAUAAUGUUUUUCAUAGAUAUGUGAUAACUUUCUGAAACCUGACGUUGAUAAGAAUUUACAGAUAUGUUUC